AUGGCCGUGCUCAUUUUCCUCCAUGUGGUCAGAGAGGAUAAUGUGGCUUCUGGUAGGACAUUAGUGCAGAACUUUUCGAAACAUCAUUCUCCUCUACCCAAUAAAACUGAGACCACAAAAUUCCUGUAUGACAAGUCUGGGAAUUUGCCGUCAUUCCUACGCAACCCAAACGCCGCAUUGUCUCAGUCCCUCAGAACCCGAGCACUAGCAGACGAUCCGGAGACAAACGCCUUCAAUGUGUGCACUCAGAGCGAUAUUGUGUUCACCCAAUCGCGAAUCCCACCACCUGCACCAUGCUUUCGCCAUCGGCUGUUCACAAAAUCUCCUCAAGAAGAGACAUCUGAAUAUGGCGUAUUCCGCUUUCAAAAGAACUCACCCACUCACGCCCAGAGAUGGCAGAAGCAAGAUGCUGACCACCAGAAAAGCAUACAGACGUCGCUGACCGACUUUCUCUUGUCCGCUGUACGUCCCGUGGUUGUUCCAGUACUCACUGCGCACCACCAGAAGUUUAACCAGGGCUGCAGAUCCGACCAGAAGAAGCGCUGGUACCCACUGCAUUUGAUACGUGACUUUUAUCUGGCCGCAGAUGAUGAACGGAGCAAUCUAAGCGACGCUAUUCGUCCGAAGUCAUGGCAGGAAGACGCCGGGCAAUAA